AAAUGCAUUGCAAACUUUUGAUCAUUAUUGCCGCGAAGAAUUAUCAGUUCUGCCCAUAAUAACUUGCCACUCUAAACAGAAGUUCCGUACGCAUAAGAGACUGAAAACUAUCUUCCUAUACCAUGUAUACCGGGUAACGUCAAAACCUUGUCUGAUAUUUCAACAACCUUACUGUUGCGAUAAAUUCGUUCAGGACCCCGGUUCAGGACAUUUGCAUUUAAAAGUGAAAUACUCGUGUUUUUUCUUGUUCAUUCGAGACUAGCUAGGGAUUUAAUUUUAAACUCUGUGAUACGACUACCAAUGGAGAGUGGAAAGUCUUCAAAAAUAUCUGGAAUUAUCAAUACUGUUUCUCAUCUUGUUUUGAAGGAUAAACGAGCGAUCGAGAUGGGGAAAGAUCAUGCUGAUAAGAUUGAGAACUGUUCAAAGCCCAAUCCUACGGUACGCUAUGUGAUACGCCGAGGAAAGAUUGAAGACUGUUCUCAGAUCUCAGUACUUAUGAGGAAACUCGCAGAGAGUGAAGACUAUGGAGAUCGGGUAGAAGUCUCUGAAGAUGAUCUCCGUCGAGAUGGGUUUGGUGAUUACCCCGUCUUCGAGAGCAUCGUCUUAGAAGACAAAGAGGCCAACGAGGAAUCGUCCAUCUUGGGUUAUGCCCUCUAUUUCAUGGGCUUCUGCUCGUGGAAGGGACGUCUUCUCUAUCUUGAAGAUGUGUACGUCAAUUCUGAAUACAGAGGAACCGGUCUCGGCAUUGCCCUUCUCCACACAAUAGCCAAGAUUUCUGAGGAGAGAGGAUGCAAAGCUGUACAGGGUACCGUCGUCGAAUGGAACAAGGAUGUCAUGAAGCUGUAUAAACGGAUAGGCGCCACGGAUAUGACCGAAGAGGACAAAUAUCACCUAUUUGCCAUUGGCAAAACCGAGGUUAGCCGGUUCGCCAUGGCACGGAUCCCUGUCUUAAAUAACGGAUCACAAAUUGCGACGUGUGAGUUGUGACAUUAUCGCAGAACUUCAGAACCCCAAAUAAUGGAACGUCGUACUUCGUUUCGGAUUGUCGUGGUUUCGCACCGAUGAAGGCUUCAUACAAGCUCACAAAGUGGGUAAACCGAAUAUCCGACGUUAACCGAAUAUCUUGACAAAUUCGACGUGAUUGUACAUUUCGGAUUGUGAUGGCAAUGUUCGGUUAUGAGACCAACAUGCAGAGUCAAGGAGACUACGGAUUCGGAUAGUAACGCUCGGUCAUUGCAAUGACAGCCCCGAGACCGAUACUAGGUGGUUUCAGACCGCCUCGAAGUUCGCCAGUUCCAGGUAUUCUCCGAUCGGGAAAUUUACCCCGAUCAGAAAAUACCAGGUAUUUUGGCGGUGUGAAAGCAAACUACGCGUAAUAUCCCCGAAAGAAAAUACCCGAUAAAUAGUAGGUACUUGGCGAAAUUACCAGAACUUUCGCGGGGAUUUUUCCAAGGUCGUGGGUAUUUUGGCGGUCUGAAAGCAAAUUACGGGAACUUUUAGCCCAGCGUGUCGUUGGGUGCGGGCGCCGUGGGUGGCUGCUGGGCUAGUGAUUUUGAAUCUCCCGCCUUGCCUGCUUAUACAGACCAUACUGCGCAUGCUCGUAACUUCAGGAACUUAUCCCGAAGGGUAUGUUUCAGGGCGGUGUGAAUGCAGGAAUAAUUAAUGGGUAUUUUUCAGCCUAAAAAAGUUCUCGUAAUUUAACGGGGAUUCUUGUGAUCGAGGCGGUUUGAAACCACCUACUGUAAUGUUUUAGACACACCGUGCAUACCAACCAUGUGCCAACCGGGAGAAGUUCUGGAGUAAAAUAAUUGUGUAUGUGAAAAGGAACUCAUAAGACAGACGAUGCUAGUGUAUAGUACGUGCGCAGAUCCGAUUGCAAAUCAAAUCAAUUGCGGACUCGAUACUACUAUAAAUAUUGACUUUCUCAAACUGUAGCUAUAUUUUAAAUAUCAGUAGGCAAAACUUUGUACUUACAAGAGCAUCGUUACUGUCAACAUCAAAUGCAUGAAUCGAUUCUGUUUAUACUGUAUUAAUUGUUUCCAAUGAAAUGGUCUAGGCGCGGAAACUAUCAUAAAAUCAUGCUAGUCACGUGACGUUAUGCAUCGAAAGAUGCUAUUUUCUGCCUGCUCGAUCUCAGAGUUCAAGAGAAAAAUGAGAUGUAACCAUUAUACCAGUCACAUGUAUUAUACAUCAAUUAACAUGUAGGUAAUCUAUUUCGCAUUGAGAAACCAAUUUAUCUCGAUCUUCUUGACCCUUAAGGAUAUUUCAGUAGAAAAACAAAGGUCACAGUGUCUCGAAAAUAUGGGUGAUUUUGGACCGAUCGCCAUAGCAAAAGUUGUGAACAUGGAUACAUUGAAAUGAACAGCGAAUAUUGAAUUAAUUGUAAUAAUAUUUACAUCAUAUUGAUGGUAAUGAAGUAAAUUGUCAUUAUCUGACCAAUCAGGUAUGAGGUUAUUAAUAAUUAUAAGGAUAUACCCGGAAUUUUGCAAUAUUACGCUCGUGAAAACGUCUGUUCCCUGCGUGGAUUUUCAGAUAUUCAAAUGCACGCGACUAACCAUUAUGAUCUAGCGAUCCCGAUCCGGAUAUUUUUGGUAAGCCGGAUGAGGUUAUACCCGGAUUUUCGGUGCCGUUUGCCUUUUGAACUCUCAAAACAGUUGUCUGUAUGUCAUAUUUAUCAACUUUUGUGUAAUUGAUGGACUGGGACAUAGUUUUCACGAUGGUCAGAAUUAAGCUUUAUGUGCUGCACCAUCCCAAGUUUGCUCAAUCUCCAGAUUUUAUCCCGAUCGGCCCUCUUCGCGAUUAAUCUCGAGAUUCAAGAAACCCCGUCUCCACCAUCGCAAGAAGAGCGAUUCCUGCUCUAGCGAGGCAUCGAUGCAUUAUGGUCUGACGCCGUGAAUAAAUAAUCCCGAGUGCGUCUGCACCUGCGAAUUAGCGCGUUAAUUCGUAAAAUAGCGCGCUAUUUUGCAAAUAAUCCCACGUUGACUUGGGAUUGCAAUCUCGAGAUUAAUCCUACGAACUAGCGCGAUAAUUGCGUCUCCAUUACAAAUAAUCUCGAGAUUGUUCAGAUCGGGAUAAUUUGCCGGAUAAGAUAUAGCGCGCUAAUUUGAAAACUCGGGAUGGUGCAGACGGCCCUACAGCUAGGAAGCGUUAUACAGUAAGCUAUGAUUUUGCCUAAUUUCUCUCGGCUAUUUCAUUUUCUUAUCGACGCCGUAAAGUAUAAACGAGAAUGAAUAAGAAUUUCUAGAGAUCGAAGAAUCACGCGGAAAAAAAACUGGUGCUUCAUUUCAUUUGUCAAGGUGCAUAAUCUUAUCGUUACCAAACUUACCAUUACGAUAUUUCGACAAAUCCAGGCAAAUUUGUGCUACAGCGCGUAAGUCCACAAUUUUUACGGUGAAAGAAUGCAUAAAAAUAGAGAGUUGAAAUCGCACCUAAAUUAGACUGGGUCUAUUUAUUAAUGAAACCGAAAUACAACAAGCAAAGGUUAUUUUAAAAGAUAUUGAGAUUCUUGAUGACUUUUGAUAAAAAACAUAAAUGAUUUAAAGUCUAUUUUAAAACACAUAUUUUUCGAGAAUAUCGCUGAAUGGAGACUGAGAAAUGACUGUGUUUUUUGUUUGUUUGUUUGUUUUGUUUUGUUGGGGUUGGUUGAUUCGAGUAGUUGUUUACAAUGAUACGGACCCCCCAAUCCAUCCAAUUUGUAUUACCAAUUUGCAUUUAUAUAAUUAUUGUGAUUAUAAUACAUGUAUAGGCCUAUACCAUCAUUUGAUUCAAUGUUGGUUGCAAAAUUAUAAUCUUGUCACGCAAAAGGUAUAUCCCCCAUGCAUGAAGGCUUUCGGGAUGGGAACAGAAUAUUUCCUGCGAUGUAAAAGACAGCAUUAUUUUACACUGUGUAUUUACUCAUGUUACUUGUUAUUUUGUAUAGACUAUAAUCAUGAUAACUGAGACCUAUCAAUCGCAAAAUGUUAUUUAUUUGCUUUUACUGUGUACAUAGCUGAUUUUCAGACCCUACAAAUAAAUAUAUAUAUCUAUAUAUACAUAUAUAUAUGUAUAAAUAUAA